CUCUCACCUCCGGCCUGCUGGCCUCCGCGCAACCAACCACGCAUCACCUCUCGCGGCGCAUUGUCCUCUCUCUCUAUCUCAGCUAGAGCAUCUAUCAGAGAGCUUUGCUUGCUUGCUUGCAUGCGCAACCGCAUCGUCGUCGUCCGGCCGGCGUUCGUCCGUCCGUCCUUGUUGUUGAGUGAGUCUCGUCUUGUGGUUGUUUCUCGUCGGCCGGAGAGAAGAGAGGGAGUAGCUAGGAGCGAGAGGUAGCCGCCGGCCGCCGGGGAUCGGAUUCGGAUCGGAGCGGAGUGGAGGUGGUGUCGUCGGUGUGUGUAUAUAUACAUGCGCAUGGAGGGUGGCGGAGGAGGAGGCGCCGGCGGUGUCGGAGGGUGCCUGGGUCUGGGCCACGGCGGGGAGGCGCAGAUCAAGGGAACGCACACGCACGGCGGCCGCUACGUGCAGUACAACGUGUACGGCACCCUCUUCGAGGUCUCCGCCAAGUACGUCCCGCCCAUCCGCCCCGUCGGCCGCGGCGCCAUCGGCAUCAUCUGUGCUGCUGUCAAUGCGCAGACUCGCGAGGAAGUCGCCAUCAAGAAGAUCGGCAACGCGUUCGACAAUCAGAUCGACGCAAAGCGCACUCUGCGUGAAAUUAAGUUGCUUAGGCACAUGAAUCAUGAAAAUGUUAUUUCAAUAAAGGACAUCAUACGCCCACCCAGGAGGGAGAACUUCAAUGAUGUUUAUAUCGUUUACGAGUUGAUGGACACUGAUCUUCAUCACCUUCUACGAUCAAACCAGACACUAACUGAUGAUCAUUGUCAGUACUUCGUCUACCAGCUGCUCCGAGGACUCAAAUAUGUGCACUCAGCAAAUGUCUUGCACAGAGACCUUAGGCCGAGCAAUCUGCUGCUGAAUGCCAAAUGUGACCUGAAGAUUGGGGACUUUGGGCUGGCAAGGACCACAACUGAAACUGACUUCAUGAUGGAGUACGUCGUUACACGGUGGUACAGAGCGCCUGAACUCCUGCUCAACUGCUCAGAGUAUACUCAGGCUAUUGACAUGUGGUCAGUAGGCUGCAUCUUCGGUGAAAUGGUCACAAGAGAGCCUUUGUUUCCUGGGAAGGAUUAUGUUCAUCAGCUGCUGCUAAUAACUGAGCUGGUAGGCUCACCUGAUGACACCAGCCUUGGGUUCCUCCGAAGCGAUCACGCCCGCAGAUAUGUGAGGUCCCUUCCUCAACACCCCAAGCAACAAUUCCGUGUGCGGUUCCCUACUAUGUCUAGUGGUGCCAUGGAUUUGCUUGAGAGGAUGCUCGUGUUUGAUCCGAGCAAGAGGAUUACUGUUGAUGAGGCUCUAUGCCACCCAUACCUGGCAUCCCUUCAUGAGAUAAAUGACGAACCUGUCUGCCCAGCGCCUUUCAGCUUUGACUUCGAGCAGCCAUCGCUCACCGAAGAAGAUAUCAAGGAACUCAUCUGGAGGGAGUCUCUCAAGUUCAAUCCUGACCCAAUCCACUAAAUAGUUCCCUGUGUACACACGAGCAAACCAGGAUGGCAUGUCUAUCAGCUCCAUGGGGACGAAAGGCAUUACAGCAAGAUGAGUGUACAAGUGACCACCCCUCAUCGUCAUCAUCAUGGCAUCUCGUGGCUUGUCAAUGGCGACACCCUAAUGUCGAAAACAUUGGACAUUUAUGAAACAUGCUUAAUCAAUAAUUUGUAGUGGAGAAAGUUGGCAGCUUAUCUGCAUCUUGUUAGGCUGUAUCUAUCUUCCUUCGGUUGUAUGCUUAAGAAAUGUAGGUAGGAGCUUGUCACUCCUUAUGGACCAUGAUACCGCAGUUGUCCACACACUACAGACAGCAGCUCACUACGUCACCUUCCAGCCUUUCUUAUGUUCUAAAAAUCUUGAUGAACAUAGAACCACAUGAUAUAUAUUGUGUGACUACUCACCUUAGACGAA